CGAGCACUCAGUCGUUUGCCGGCUGUGGACGCGUGCGGUCUUGCUCUUGGGAAGGAUCUCCCUGUCCGUGGAAAUUUCACUUCGCGGGAAAAAUCUCGACUGUUGAGUGUUAUGAAACAAGAACAACGCACAGCAGGUCAACAGUUUUGCCUCCGGUGUGGGGUGUAUUGUGCCCGGGUGGAAAACGUGUGAAAAGUGAUUAGUGGCAAGUUCAUUUUCUCCCCUUUUUGAAGGGAAGUUCAUCAUUUUGUUAUUGAGCUGCAUGUUGUGCUGAAAGCGAAGGAUACAACGGGGAUAUGUGACACACGUGGAGGUCACUCCCAACGAAAAGAAGACACAAGACAAGUUCGUUAGUUUCAGAAUACAUCCUGGUCAUUAAGGAGACGUGAAAUCAAUUUGGAUAUAACUCAGUACAAAUGCUGGAUGCUGGAUGCUUGAAAGUUCGGAUCUCCGUCUGAAGUGGUUCUUUGGAAAAUCUGUGAAUACACAAUGUUGAAGAGUCAAGUGUGUGUAGUUCUCAACGGUAGUGAGCGACAACGAUGAUGAGAUGUGCAACACUUGAAGUCUGUCCCUCGGAUGUAAUACUGGGGAACCGGUUCGACUGUUGUUGAGUGAUUGAGUCGAUGAAUCUUGAGGAUGUAAAGUGGAGUAAACAAAUGUUGAAGAUCCUUCCAUACGGCUGCUUCUGGUUGACUUGCUGAGGAGAGUUGGGCGGAAUCACGGGAAACCACUUCUCUAAACACCGGCUCAUCAUCUCUUCGUAAGCCGUUUUCCACGCCGGAAAAGCAAAGCACACGCAUCGCAUCGUGUUGCUGCUCUGUAAUGAAGCUCGCUGUCUAAGCUGCCGGGGAAUUCCACGUGCGCGUCGAAUCUGUGCCUAAUUGGAUUUAUGAUGUUGUGAAUCGGAAUCUCCGGCGGUGAAACACGUGGUGCGCCGCGGUAUUACACGUGGUGUUGGAAGAGGUGGCUGCGCCGGGGGAAGCGUGUUUGUAAACGUAAAUCAUAAAUUACCACUGCAGAAUGGCAGCAGCAAAACCCAAUGUAAAUAUAAAUCAACGAAUUAACAUUCAACCCGUCAAAACAGCAUCCAACAAGGGCCAAUAAUAACCAGAAAACGGGAAGGAGGUGGGGUUACAAUCCCACCGUGGGUGAUUUAAAAGGUGCUAAAGGGGUGGGGAGACAGCCAGAGGGGGGGUUUGGACCAACACAAACAAAUCCGUUCAAGAAGGGUGGUGUUACGGUGAAAAGUUUUCCCACUUUGGCCAGAAGUCGUUCCGUCGUUCGAAGAGUGUUUCCGGCGCAGUAAAGAAGAAGAAGAAAACCCGUUCGAAAUGGAUGGCAGGAACCGGCGGCGUCAGCUUGGCGGACCAUGUCACUGCCUCCGGCCGCUCAUUCGGAUUUGGGGCAUCAUCACGGCAAUCGUGUUGCCUCCGUCGUCAUAUUCAUCUUAGAAAUCAAGUGGCUUUUUACACUAUUCAUCCACCUGCUGUGCACAAGCACCGACUACUCCACGGGUUGUCAAAAGUGUUGGAACGUGUGCCGAUUUUGCGGCGGCUGGCGACUUGCGCUGCCCUACGUGGCCCUCGGGGUCGCCCUCAUCAUCUGGCCGCACCGGCUGUGGCUGAGUCACGUGGCCGGCGGUCAGCUGAUAGCGUUGGCCCUGCUGCGGCUGCUGACGGUGUGUCAGUUUCGGGCCGGCGGCAAGGACGAGGAGCUGCUGAACCAGUUCGAUGAACACGUGGACAAGUACGACAACCUCACCGACGUACUGGUGGACGACUCGAUGCCCAAACCGGGCCAAAGCCUCGAGGACGAGGACGACGAGGACGACGAUGACGAUGGGGAAGAGCACGCUGGCCGGCGGCGUAUCAACGGGACCAUUUGACACGGCCAACCAACGACUGAGACGACGACGGAGAUAACUGGCAACACUGCUGACAGCACAGCAGUGGCAGCGAUUCGCAGUGCCAGCAAAAAAGUGAUCAGAAAAAAUAUGAACCAAAGCUACGAAAAGCUGGACGAGGACUGCGAUUGUGAUGUUAUCAAAUAGAACCGUGAUUGUGAGGUUGGUCACGGGCCGAGCUAGUAACGGGAGCGAAGAUUGUAGCGGAUAGUUUUGCAUAACAUUUGUAAAUAUUUUUCAAAACUUGGCAAACAUUAAUGUAUACAUACACACGGACACGUGCAGGCUUGUGGGAAGUUGUGGUUGAUUUGUGAUUACGGUGGCACUCGUGGGAGGAAGUUAAAUAGAAAAAAAAACUUAUUUCAAAAAUUAUUAUUUUAUUUCGUUUUUAUUUAUGAUAAUUUUGUACUGGAAAUGCGUUGAAAAUGAUUCAAUGUUUUCCGUCUACACUGAAUUUUAUAACAAAUUCUAGAGUACCAAGCUGCUCCUUUAAAAUGUUGACAGAACAAAACUUCAAUGGAGAAGAACGGUACUUCAA